UUUUGUUGCUGCUGUUGCUUUUGUUGAAACUCCCCACCUUUUUAGAGAAUAUCGCAACGACGACAAACUACCGACGACAACGACAACUACGUCAUCUUCAUACACUAGAGUCGAAGGAGAAAAUUGGAGUCUGAGUUUUAGUACUGGAGUUUUGUGUAAAAAAAAAAAAAAGUGAUUUCUGUCCAUGAAAAGACUGCAGAGUAACGAUAAUUUUGAUUGGUUUAAUUGUCUGCUAAAGACCAAUGAAAUUUUAAAUCAUUGAAAUUUUUUUACGUCACGAUGCGUCAUAUGACGUCACAGUAAACACGUAAAAAUAUUAAAUGAGGAUUUUAUAAAUUUAAAAAAAUGACGCAACAAAAUUCAAUACGAAUGUCAAGAUCGGAAAUAAAUGUUAGAAGAUUACUUGGACGUUGUGAAUUAUUGGCUAAGGAAGAUAGUCAUCAAGAUUGGAGAUUGGAGAAGUACAUUAACGCGCUGGAUGAUGCUAUCAAGAAAUUACAAACAUUACCAGACAAACCCAGUGGGGACAAAAUGAUGGACUAUACAAAAAGAAUAGAUUUUUUAAAGGGAGUUAUCGAUGCCGCUAAAUUUAGUAAUCCGAUAGAACGUGUUGCAGCAGCGCAAAUGUUGCCUAGAUCAUCAUCUGUACUUGUAGAUUCAACUGGACCCAAUAUUGUUGCGCAAAUUCAUCAAAAAACUUCUGCUAAAUAUAAUAAAGAAUUACGAUCUGAAUUAUUUAACACUGAUUCUGAUGAUGUUGGUGUAAGACAUCGUCUUUCAAGUGCAUCACCAACUCAAGAUGAAGAUCUAGAUGCUUUAAUAAAAUACAAUCGUAAUAUGCAAGAAAAAAUAGCCGAAAAUAUGUUACUGAUGACAAGCAAUAUGAAAGAACAUGCGUUAACAGCAAAUGCAAUUAUAAAAAAAGAUAUGAGUUCUCUUGAAAAAUCUGACAAAUUAACGGAAAUAAAUGCCGUUAAAUUAAACAAAGAGUCAUUGAAACUUGAAGAACAUACUAAAUCUAAAUGGAGAUGCUUGGUUUGGGUAAUGAUUGCAUUUGUCCUCGCAGUAUUUUUCAACAUGGUUUUAUUUAUGAAAGUUGCUAAAAAGAAAAUUUAAAUCACUGUUCAAAAUGGUACUAAUGUUGUUUUUAUAAAUAAAAUUUAUUUUAUAUUUUAUAAAUUUAUAUUCAUUAAAAAAUUUUUAUUGUAA